AUGGCAUCGAUACUGUCAUCGUCCGCCGUGCGCGCGCGACUGGCAUUCAAAGCAGAGAAGCUCUUUCAAGAUGCCUUCGUGUGCAGACGCUGCAUGCAACAGCAGGCCAGAGCGCCACCGAUCUGGAAGUCGAAGCAGAACACACCUUUCUUGAAGGCCUUCAGAAGUCCCGGAGCCCGAUCUGGACCAGCUGGAUCAAGACCCCAAAGCUCAGCCGCCUCACACAGUCCAUCGUCUCCCUUGGCAGCGCUUGGACGCAAUUUCGCCGAGUCGUCCCAAACCGCAAGCCAGACAUCGAACGCAGCGAAAGCGUCGUCCUUUCCGGACACGAGCUCCCGGGCUGCUGCAUACUGGCUCCUCGCUUCUGCAGCUAGUGUAUUUGGCAUUGUCAUCUUUGGAGGUCUCACUCGUCUCACCGAAUCAGGGCUGUCCAUUACGGAAUGGAGACCUGUGACUGGGUCAUUCCCACCACGCUCGCAAGAGCAUUGGGAGGCCGAGUUCGCCCGGUACAAGCUCAGUCCGGAAUUCAAGAUGCUGAAUAGCAGGAUGAACUUGGAAGAGUUCAAGCAGAUCUAUUGGAUGGAAUGGAUACACAGACUUUGGGGCCGGGUGGUGGGCAUCACCUUCCUCCUUCCAACCGCAUACUUUAUUGUGAGAAGAAGGGUAAGCAAGCCGAUGGCCCUGAGACUGGUGGGAAUCUGCGGAUUGAUCGGCUUUCAAGGUUUCAUCGGCUGGUGGAUGGUCAAGAGUGGACUGAAGGAUGAUCUUUUCGAGCAAGGCAAGCAUCCACGAGUCAGCCAGUAUCGCUUGGCAGCACACUUGGGCACUGCCUUCGUCGCAUAUCUCUGUAUGUUCUGGAACGGUAUUAGGAUCCUCCAGACUCACGCUCUUCUCAAAGAGCCUGCCCAAGGUCUGGAGCUUUUGGUGACCUUGCAAAAGCCAGAGCUCAAGAGAUUCAAACGACUCGUGGCUGCUUUAUCAGUGCUCGUCUUCACUACAGCCAUGUCUGGAGCACUUGUAGCUGGGUUGGAUGCUGGUCUCAUAUAUAACGACUUUCCGUGGAUGGGACAGGGCAUUCUACCACCAAAGCGAGAAAUUCUGGAUCCCUUCUACUCCCACACGCCCGACCAGCGCGACCUAUACUGGCGUAAUGCUUUGGAAAACCCAGUCCUCGUUCAGCUAGACCACCGAAUACUCGCGACUACUACCUUGACUGCCAUCAUUGCGCUGUGGGCUUAUAGCAGGUUCAGUCCAGCUGUUCGCGCAACACUACCUAAGAAGGGCAAAGUUGGUAUGCUCGGCGUUGUUCACCUCGCGAGCAUGCAGGUAGUUCUCGGCAUAACAACACUGUGGUACCUUGUGCCAACAGCGUUAGCAUCUGCACACCAAGCCGGCGCACUGGCACUCUUGACAGGUGUCUUCCUCCUCGGAAGUCGCGUAUGGGUGCCGCAAAGAACAUUCAAGCUGGUACAACAGGCCUCGAAGCAGGCCCUCGCCAAGUCUACAAAAUCAUCACCGCCGCACGUCAAAUUGAGCCCACACUGAAGCAACAUCACUUGACGAAUGAUUACAACACUGGUCCGA